CCUUAAUUAAAACCUUGGGCAAGUCACUAAAAGUAUAAGACAGUGUCAUUCUAAAGGCGACGAUGGGUUUGUUCACUUUACGGAAGUCAUUUUUGAUAUACGAGAAAAACCAGAAGCAGAAUUAAUUAAUACGCAUAACAAUGGAAAACGUGUCUACAACAAAUUACGCAAAGGAUGCAAUUGAUGCAGUCUAUAAAAAAUCAGAUCAGAUAAAAACCGCGUUAGUCUUAGUAACUCAUGAUAACCGCUAACAUUGUAAGACGAAGUUAAGAAAAGCAACUGCAACAAUGAAGAAUUUAAUUCUACUUGUUGGUUUUGUUCUAAUAAGUUUUGCGGUAGCAGAAGAAUAUACAGACAGAUAUGACAAUAUUAACAUCGAUGAGAUAUUACAUAACAAGAGGUUGUUGGCAUCGUAUAUGAAGUGCGUUCUUGGACAAGGGCGUUGUACGCCCGAGGGGAAAGAAAUUACAGUGCACCUUAAAGACGGCAUGCAAACAGGAUGCAAAAAAUGUACUCAAGCUCAAAAGGAAAAGGCACGAAAAGUGGCGAACCAUCUCAAAAAUCACGAACCAAAAUUCUGGGAAGAUUUAAAACAUAAAUUUGAUCCCGAAAACAGUAACAAGGCAACUUAUGAAGCUUUUCUGGCAUCUAAGGAAUACAAAUUUUCUCCUAACAGAGUUCUGAUGAUUUGGCAAACGUUAGCACUGUGCCUUCUUGGGGCAGUCGUAUCCAGUGAGAAGUAUUCUGACAAAUAUGACAAACUCAACGUAACAGAGGUUCUACAUAACAGACGGUUGCUUCUUGGAUACGCCAACUGUAUUUUUGAAAGGGGUAAAUGCAACCCCGAUAUGAAGUUUUUAAAAGAUAACUUGGAAGAAAUGUUCGAAACUGGCUGCGAGAAAUGCACUGACGCACAGAAACGAAUAUCUACUGAAGUUUCAAACCAUUUGAUUGAAUUUGAACGGGAUAUAUGGAACGAAUUGAUGACCAAAUACGACCCUGAAGGGAUAUGGCGGAAAAAGUAUGUGGAACGCAUUAAGCAAAUGGGUAUCAACUUACCUACAGACUAAUUGCCUGAGCAAACUGGGGUAGUAGAGGAUUUAAAAAUUAUCAAUUUAAUUUUAUUCUUAUGUAUCCGAAAUAAGGUAUAUAUUUCAAUGUGAUAUAUACUGAAUAAUUGCAAAGUAGGUGGUUUUCUCGGGUGUAUCUUUGGAUAACGCAAUGACAGAUGCCGGUGUGAACUUCAAGUCUGCUACUUAAAAUAAAAACCGGCCGUAUACAUACUACUAAAAACAACGAAAUCCGUUUGAUACGAUGCGUCCGAUACGUACAAUGCGUAUACGUGGACGCUUACCAUUAAACGGAUUAAUCAUUUUACGGUAGAUUCGUACGAUGGGAAUUAGUGGACGCACUUGUACGACAUUCUAUACAAAGAAUACUACGAACCGUUUGAUGCGAUGCGUCCGAUACUUACUUACGAUGCAGAUGUGGACGCGUACCAUUACUAUAUAGUGGAAUUAUCAUGACGAAUGCUUCGAUAGACUAACGGAUGCUCAUAGUAUCUCUUCUAGCGUCCGCCAGUAUGCAUCGAGCUCGAGACUCAGUCUUUUGAGUUUUUUACAGAGGUAAAUGCCUCUGUAAAAAACUCAAUGUUCAACUGAAUGUUAAUAAAUAUGAUUUGGAAAAAUUUAAAGCAAUUAAAUGUUUAGUUACAAAUUACAAUUCUGUUCAUUGUUAUUUAGGCACCAUAAUUACAUCGUUUCCACAAAAAGGUCGUUGAAAUAUUUAAUGUAUUGUAGAAUUUUUACAGAAAUACAUUUAUUCGUAUAAUAAUCCGAUAAAUUAUUGUUAAAUUGUG